AUGCGGUGGCUAUUGCUAUCCGUGUUAAUAGCCAUCAUAGAUGCUCAAUAUUCGGGCUACGCAGAUGGCAGCAAGCCAGCUGGUUACAAAACAGGAUCAAACAGCGGCUAUAGCAGCGCUAAAAUCUCUGGCGAUGCUAACCGCUUUAAAGCGCAAGAAUCACUUGAAAGUGGAGAACAGCCUACUGCACCGAGUGAUCAGGAUGGUCCACCAGAAUACGUUCGUCCACCGAACGCACCAGCACUUAGUGAAGAAGGUGCGCUCUCCGGAUACAGUCAAGAAGGAACAAAAUCACGACCUGAAGUGACCCGCGAAGAAGAAGCCAUGGAAUUUGAAAGCUCUGCUGUCGAAGCCGUUGGCGUUCGCUACAAAGUUGAUUCCGCUACUUCCCAAGUGACGAAGGAGAUAGCAUAUGCGAAAAAGCCACCAUUCCAGCCACCGAGAGCACAGAUUCCACCUGUGGUAGGAAAGUCGUCAGUCAACUAUCCUGCUUCACCUCUCAACUCAUCAAAAGGAGUUCUCAGUGAACGAGAACCUGAGCAAGCGAAAGAUGCACCACCAUCUCUUCCUGAUAUUCCUUCUCCCGCUUAUCCGACACCAAACACGAAGGAAUUUCUGGGGGCGGCAGAGAUAGGUUCUAUGGUACAACGGAUGCUGCCAGUGCCACCAGGAGGAGACGAAGAACCUUAUGGAUCUACUCAUGGAUCACCUUCCCACUUAAACAAAAACAAAGGAGGUGAAUCAUCGGAAGACAGUGGUGCGCCAUCCUAUCCUACGUUGAACAAACCAAUUCACUCCCCAUCUUCGUCAUACGCAGAUAGAGUCGCUUCAAAUAUUUCCACCACAGCGCACCCAUUUGGAGCUUAUCAACACCCAUCAGGGAAACUGUUCCCAAAUGUUACGUUACCAACUACUCCAACCGCGAUAGUUGAAAAUCAACCAUCCGAACUCUCCAACUAUCCUGAUAAAAAGGUGAAACUCACACAAUUCAACUCACUUCCGGGCGCGCCUAACGGCUAUGGUGAAUCCGAGCCUAUUAAGAAAUCCAGCACGAAGGAAGGUGGUAAUUCUCGUAAUUCUGGACCGUCCGCGUUGGAACCUGAGGAGGCGUCCGGUGAGACAAUUGCAAUCCCAGCUCAGUACGGGGGAAGCUUAGAAGGAUCAGCUGAGGAACCAAAAAGCGCAGGGAUAGUAGACUUAUCUGGUCCAAUGCCUCUUGACGAAAACGAUCGAUACGUAACUGCUCCGGAAGAAGGUUCUGUUGGGUUGGAUAGAGAAUCAGCGAGAGUGGAAUCUGGAAUCUCUAGAGGAGGCAUCAACUCAGAAGCAGCUGGUAAGGAAGCCGGUGGUCAAUCUACACAGGCAGCUAGUACGGACUUAGUAAGAGGAAGUCAGAGUUCGACAGAAGACAACAAAACAAGCCUAUCAGAAGGCGAUACAAGCACAGGGGAAUUCCAUUCCACGGGUGAUGAGCGAAUGAGCACCGGAAACGAACUGUAUGCAAGUAAAGGAGUGGGAGAAGAUAGGAAAUACCCUAAAGGAACGGAUUCUACAAAUUCGGAAAGUGAAGUCAAUGAAGGAGAUAACGGAACAAGUCCCGGAAAGAGUGAAGGGAAUGGGAAUGAGCAAGAAAUUGGCGGCGAAGGUAGCAGAGGAGCAGAAAGACCAUCUGAGUCAAAGGGUGAGGAAGAAGCAGGCGAUAAUUAUAACCGAGGUGAUGGAGUCGAAGAAGAUCAGAAGUAUUCUCAGAACGCUGUAGAAGUUGUUGGGAAGGAAAUUAACGAAAAAAGCAAUGUAAAGGAACAUUCCAAACCAUCAGCAGGCGUCGGAGAUCGUAGCAACUACGAUUACGGAAAAUCCAAAGGUGACGAAGAAGCAACUUCAAUUUCUGAUGCUUCUGAAGCUGGAGAAGAAAGUGGGAAAGAAACUGCGCAAGGAGGAGACGAUAGGGUGCAGAGUUCUGCUACCAAAGAAGGACAAAAUGAAGCAAAUCCGAAAUACGUGCAAGGAAAAACUGGAGAAUUAGAUCGAGAAAAUCCUUCCGGCAACGAAAAUAGUCCUCAUGCGGGGGCUGGUGGCGAACCUUCUUCAAAUGUAGGGCAUAAUGGUAGUCCUGAAGAAGUUGGUUAUCAAACGCGAAACGAGAAUGAAGGCGAAGGCCACAGAAAGACCGAUUCACAAUAUGCAAGCGACAAAGAUAAGGAAGGAAAUACAUCAGCUACCAACGGUACAACUGGUCCAAUUGUGAAGAUCGAUAAUGCUGCAAACGACAAGAACAUUGUGAUUGCUUACAUUCCGAAUGCUUCAUAUAAACGUCCUAGCAUCGCCAAAAAACGUCGCUAUAAGAAGAAGAACCGGCACGGACAAAUCAAAUCGAAGUCAUCGGCUUAUUCGCAGAGCUCGCUAACAUCUUCACGCAAACGUGAUCUUGAACUUCCUAACAUAGACCCUUUAGCUGAUGACAUCUUGGGAGCGUUGAAAAAGACAAAUACCUCUUCGGGUUUUUCUACAGAGCAUGCCGAUCCAUCGGACGAGUCCAGCCAGAAGUCAACCACAAAGAAUGCAGAUCUCGAAGAAACGGUUUCAAGCACGCCACCCUUGAGUUCAUUUCGCACUAACCCCAAAAUGCACCACCACGGAAUCUCAAAAACACGUGAACUGAAAAAAAGGCUUCACGCAGUGGAUGUUGUGGAAAAUAAAAAGAAUUCGAGACUAUUUGAGCGUCUCAAACCUCAACAGAAGCGCUCAUUCUCUGAUUUACCACAGCCAGUGAGCACCAGAAAGUUGCACAAGCGUUUGAAAAAAUGGAAAAAUGCUAAAGCAGUCAAUCAUACAGACUUAAUGCACCCUAGUAACUUCACUGAUCACAGAAGUCCUUUAGAUUUCCCGAGGCCAAAGAAAAUUGUCAAUCCUUUGAAUUUCCCCCUCCCAAGGAAGCUUUCUGCUCUUUCCAAUUUUCCUACACCUCAGAAACUAUCUACUACGGAAAACUCACAUGGUUUUUCCAAUCCAGAAAUACCUUCAAAAGAUAAAGACUCUUCAAAGUUUACAAGACGAAAAGGUAUUUCAACAAGCAGGUCGUUGAAUUUCUCCAAGCCAAUGAAGUCAGUAAACAGGCAGUUUCCUCUUAAUUUCCCCAAUCCAGAAAACGUCACUUUGGAACCUCUUGUUGUUUCAAGGUCAAAUGGACACACUUAUAAACACAAUUCUGUAGGAUUUCCUAGGCCGGGGACAGUCAAUACGAAGGAAUUUCCGUUAGAAUUCCCAGAACCGGGCAUAACUUCGCCUACAGAACUUCAGAACGAAUCUGUUGACGAGUCUUCUAGUGAUGCUCCCUCUUCCAAUGUCCCUAAUUCGGAUGGCCUCCCUUACAGACACACGUCUGCUGGAUUCCCUAGACCAGGAACGGUCAACGUGAAGGAAUCUCCGCUAGAUUUUCCAGAGCCCAACACAGCUUCACCUAUAGAUCUUGAGGACGAAUCAAAUGAUGAACUUGUAAAUGACGUUGCCUCCUCCAGCAUCCCGAAACCGGAUGGACUUUCUUAUAGGCAUACUUCUGCAGGAUUUCCUAGACCGGAAACAGUUAACACGAAAGAAUCUCCGCUUGAUUUUCCGCAGCCUAGCACAGCUUCAGAUAAAGAUCUUCAGGAAGAACCAAAUGAUGAACCUCCUAAUAACGUUGCCCCCUCCAGCAUCCCGAAACCGGAUGGACUUCCUCAUAGGCAUACUUCUGCAGGAUUUCCUAGACCGGAAACAAUUAACACGAAGGAAUCUCCGCUUGGUUUCCCGGAGCCCAGCACAGUUUCAGCUAAAGAUCUUCAAAGCGAAUCUGUUGAUGAACUCUCUAAUAACGUUGCCUCUUCCAAUAUUCCUAAGCCCACCGAUUUGACCAUACGAACUCACUCUUCGGAAUUUUCCAAAUUACAAAAACUAGUGAAAAAACUCCCCAUCUCCAUUUUUCCCAGACCAAGAAAUGUCACUUCAAAUUCAUUACUUUUGAGUUCCUUAAAACCAGGUAAAUUAACAACUCGCUGGAUUAGCUUUUCUAAACCUCAAGAAUUGUUAGCAACCAAGAAUUCGAGCAAUAAUCCUACAAUCAGUCUCUCUUCUGACGAUCCCAAAAAGUCGAGAGGAACUGUCACUGGCUUGAACACUAUCUCUGACUUGCCCGUGAUCCCAAAGCCAGUUUUCCUAAACUUUCCGCUUCCAGAAUCUCUAAACCUUAAAAUUAGCGCCAUGAAAGUUCGCAGUCAUAAAAAGAAAAGUCAUCGAAAGCACAACAGGUCAAAAAUGCAAAUCAGAGAAAAAAGUGAAGAGGAGCUUAGUUCUGGUGAGAAUUCAACCCAUAAGAGGUCUCCUUGGAAAAUUAAAAUGAUUGCGAAGAGUCUGCUGAAGCCACCGAUCAAAGAGCCAUUCACCAAUGUGUCGUUGAUCGAGCACGAACAACUCCCAAUAGUCAAUACAUCUUUCCCAGAUAUUCUAGCUGAGUCUUCAAUCGCCGCAACAUUGGCUGAAUCCAUAGACGGACCGGCGUCUUCGAAAUCUGAAUCGACUAACGAAAUUGAAGCGCCCUCUGUUGAAACAACGACUAUGUGGGCAUAUGUGACUGCCCCUGGUGAGCGAACAGCUGCUCCAGAAAUCUUAGCAGCACAGGCGGCUGAGGACAGCUCAGUCACUUUCGUGGACAAACCGAUUGUCGCAGAAAAAUUGCCACAUGAAGAAACUUCGCUGGAGUCAGAUGAUUCACCAGAGCAACAAGAAAAGUCAGUGGACGAAGGAGUGCUGUCAACUACUGAACACUACGCUAUAGCACCGGAGGAAUACCAACCGCAUGACAGUGUUCAACCGGAUUUCAUCGUGAUUUCCGCGGAUCCAGAUACAAUUUUUCAAGUAGAGGCAACGGACUACACCAACGAUGAGCCUGUUGCCGAGUACUCGCCGGACUUACCUCAUACCGAAGAGGAAAAGAGAAAUUCUUCGGAUAUCUCGUCAGAGGAGGAUGAUGGCAAGCGAUCUGACUUGCCAGUUUCUUCGUUUAAGGAAUCGAUCGUGUCUGGUAAAAAACUUAUCAAGAAGGUAACUUCACAAACAGGCAAAACCACUUCUCUGCCACAAUCAGCAACUACAUCUUCAACAGAAAAAAGAUGGACCCCGUAUAAAAUGAAUUGUGCAACGGAAUACGACGACAAAGGAGAGCUUUGCAAAGAAUGGGCAGCUGGAGGACUUCUCGAUUCUCACGAAUUCGUAGUUGUGUUCGAGCCAGAUCCUCGGGAACAGGGCGAUCCAUCCGCUUUCUACCGACACUAUGGCCGGCCUAUUGUGAAAGGAGUUUCGAUAUCUAAUGUGAAUCAUGUGGUUCAUAAAAUGAAACAUAGUGCUCUUGAACGAUUUCAAAGACGAGACGCGGAGGCUGCCUCUCAGCCAAACGACUAUCACGCCAGCAAAACUAGCACUGCAAAAACAACUCCCUUUCCUCGAACUUUGUCGCAGCAGCCUCCAGUGGCAUUUCCAUAUCCAUUCUUGAGUCCAUGGUAUCAACCUCCGUAUCCAGGAUUUCAAACUGGGUACGGGUACCCGCCGCCAUUUAAUCCAUACAGUGUUGGAUAUCCUCCAAGGCAUCCAAAUUAUGAACCAAGAAGUCGAAGAAACAGACCUGAGAAGAUGAAGAGUACCGGUGAAGAUUUGGAAGCUGAGGGCAGUGGAAUACCAAAGAGUGAUGGCAGUGAGACCACCGAAGAGGAGGCAACGAGCGAAUCUUCGUCAAGGAAAACAAUUGAUUUGUCUACACUGGGAACUAGUAAGGAAGAAGCGAAAAAUGCGAAUGAAGCGAACGGUUCUGAGAGAGAAACACGUGGAGCAGAGAAGAAAGAAGGGAAGACAACUUUAAAUAGUAAACCUGCGGAGGAAAAAAUGAAUAGAGAUUCAAUCCCAGUCCCAGAAGAGGUAGUGAUUGUACCAGGUUCUCUGAAGUCUGUGACAGUAAAUAUUAGAAAAACAUCCGAAAUGAAGAAAAAGGAGAAGAACUUAACAAGCAAAGGAGGAGAGAAUGAUGUAGACUUUGAGAAACACAAGAAGGAAGGUGAAAAUGGAUCGCUCGAAGUUGUGGAUGGUGUUGUUAAGGUAUUAAAACCAGUUGACGGGGAGACAGGAGAAGAUAGCGAUGAUAAAGAAAACGAAAGAAAUUACAUGAAAAAAAGGGGAAGCAUUGAAGAUAGCAAGGAGAGUAAUCCCAAGAAGAAUAGAAGAGGCGCAAAGAAAGUUAAAAAUAAAAGUAAAAGAGGAAAGAAUGGGAAGGACAGCAGAAGUGACGAAAAUGAUGACGAAGACGAAGAAGAAGACGGUGAAGAAGAGAGUACCAGGAAGAGGAGUGAGAGUAGAAACAGGGAAGCGAAGAAGAGAAAGGGAGGGAGGAGAAAAGGACGAUACGACUAUGAAGAGAGUGAUGAAGAUGAAGAAGAUGAAGAAGAAUUCGAUGAUGGUGACGACGACGAAGUGAAGGAGGAGGAAGAAGAGACAGAUGAAGAAAAUUCGGAUGAAAAUGGAGACAUGAUUGUGAAAGGGAAUGCGUGUUCAUCGAGCGAUCCUCCAAUCACCAAUUAUCCUUCUUCUAACCCCCGAAGCCCGUAUUCUCCUGAAACGGAAACACCAAUACAGUGGUCAACCAUUAUACCACCGAACUCUCAAAUGGAUAACUACAGUGAGUCAGAUCCCAAAAAGUGCAGCAAUACCGGAAACAGUUACAAAGGCGAUAAAGAAGAUGAAGGAGAGGAAGGAAAAGAAGAAAAUGAUGAUGAUAUCUAUAGGAGGGAGGAAGGAAAGAGGAGAAAGAAAAUUAGAGAAAGAAAGAGAAAAAGAGGUUGGCGAGGAAUGAGAAGAGAGAAAAAGAGAAGAAAGUCGAAGAAGCGAGCUAAGGACAAUUUGAAGCGAAGCCGCAGCAGAACAUCAAUAGCAACCGUAAAAGCGAUCUGCACAUCCGAAGCGGAUGAGCAUCCUGCCAAAUGUACUGCAUGGAAAAAUGCUGGAUACUGCGAAACAAAUCAAGCGACACGGUUUUUGUGGUGCCGUAAGACGUGCUCCUGCGGAAUUUUAGAUACUCAAGGACCUACUACUUCUGAAUCCAAGCAGAAUCUGUAG